CACAUCCUCCAGUACGACUGUUGCAACACAAUCAUUGAAAAAGUCUGGUCCCCGGCCAAUCAUCGCAAUGGUCAAAGGAAAGUCUAAAGGCAAGAAAGAUUCUGCAGGAGGUGUCAACAGCCAUAUACGCGCGCGCAUUGACUAUCUAUACAAAGCGGCUACUUUCCUGCAAGCCCAGUCCAGCGCUCGUCAUGUCGGUGACUCCACAGAUGAGACAGAAGACCAGAAGCCAAGUGUCUCGACACGUAUAGUGCCACUCAUUUCUCCCUCUGCAGAUUCUGCGAGCGAGACCACGGCCCUGGAUGGGCAGAACGUGGCGACGGGCCAGCUACCUCAGCUUUCUCGGAACUACCUGUCGCAAAUGCGCGGCGUAUCUCUCAAAACGCAACUUCGCCUACCGGUUGACAUGAAAAGAUCUUUCUGCAAGCGAUGUGAUACGCUUCUACUUCCUGGAGUAACUUGUACGCGCGAAAUAAGGAACCCCAGCCGCGGCCGCAGAAAGCCAUGGGCUGAACUCUUGGUCAUUCGUUGCUCUACUUGCGGGACAGAGAAGCGUUUCCCUCAAACAGAGAAGCGCAGCAAGAAGCUGACUGAUCGUCGGCAAGAACAAGGGCAAGAGAAGCAAGACGAUCAGAACAGUGCAGGCUCUUGAAGAUACUACCCACGCUACAAGGAUGUUCAUCGAAGCCGUUGUCUCGUAUUGCCUCCAAUCAGCAUAUGAUCGUUGAAAGAUCUUGCAGGAUAGCCCUUAAGAGCUAUGGCAGGACGUCGUCGGUUUUUAGCCAGGCUC